AAACAUGAAAUGUGUAGCCUAAAUUAUAUCUUAUACGUUCAAAUAUUUAAUCAAACCUGACAUUUGUUCAUAUCUGAAUUAUUGUCGUCAUCUCGUAUGACAUAAUGCAGGUUUGUAAUAACAGUUGUCUGAAUGAGCUUAUUUUCUAUUGUGCUAUCCAUGACACAUUGUGCUAUCCAUGACAGGUGUAAUAUUUGGCAGGGGGAUACGUGGCUUGAUAGGAAGUCGAAUGAAUAUGUUUAUAGACAGGCGCAUCUUUCUGUAUUAGCUCGUUUUGUCAGCACGCGCACAUUGCUCGCUGGCUCGCGCACUGUUCUGCUGUUACGCGCGUGUGAAUGCUCUGUUUGUCUACAUGUUGCGAGUACGCAUCUAACUGCUUGGCUUGGUCUCUCAGCUUCAGACUGUGCGGACCGCCGCUCCUCCCCAACCCCCGUUGCACUGCUCAGGCAACGAGGGCGGGGCCAGCCCAAAUAAAUGUGGGGAGGGGAAAAAACGGAGACAACAAACCUUAAAAAUGUAGGCCAGGCGCGUGACCCAGUUCCUCAUGAACAACACAGCGAGUGUGAAUGUGGAGCACGGCUAUUAUCCCCCACGCCCGGCACGGUUCCAGGGCGGUUCUACAGUGUGUGUUUUCUCUCUGUGCCAGGCAAUGUUCGGGGGCUUUUAGUAAUAUGAAAAAGAAGAAAGAAAUAUUACAUUUACCCAGUUUGCUAUUUAAAAUAGCAACAAGGUAUCAAAAGUUUGUAUUCCUGGCCUGUGGAGAGCAAACCCAUCCAGCCAUCGACCCACACAGUGUGAAAUCUACACCCCCUCAAGGAGAGCAGUGAGGUCACAGAAGACGAAAGCACCAUUGUGCAUUCAGAGGGAUGGAGGACAGGAGGUACCUGCCACCAGAUGGAGGUGGCAAUGCCAAACGCUCUGCCUCAGCUGAGUGUGACACAGAGGAUAGAGCGAUCAGGAAGGAGCAGGGUGACCCUGAGACCUCCACACAAAUGUGUGUGAGAAAAGACGAUCUCUGCGAUGUUCCUCGCAAGGUGCCUCGUUUCCAGUAUGUGGAUUUCCCUUCCCUGCACCAGUGCAUCCAACAGCUUUCUGUGCCUCCUCUGAACGGCUGGCUGGGCUCCUGCUCAUUAGGAAAGGCACCAAACAACAGGCCUGCCAGUCCUAAGGAAAAGGUACCCAAGUUUAAAUAUGUGGACUACCCAUCUCUCCACCACUGCAUUCAGCAGCUGUCUGUGCCUCCAUUGGAAAGCUGGAGUGCAGGGCUGGUCAGGUUUAAUGCAGAGGGGAAGGAGGAUGGCUCUGGGUCGCAGAAGAGGCCCUUUCAACCUGGGACUGUGAAGGAUAACAAAAGCAAUGAGGCAGGAGAUCAAAACAACGAGGACAGGAGUAGAGUUAUAUCAUUUUCUUUCCCAAGAGACACACACAACUCCGUCUCAGGCAAGGAGGAGAGGCCUCAACACGACUACACUUCAGAGGUGCCAAAGAGGUUAGAGAAAGAUAACGCACCUCUAAGGUCCCGUGCUACUAAACCAGAUGCUGCUUUCCAAUCAGAUUGCAGAUCAAGAGCAGAAUCUGGUUCUGGAUCUCGUAGCGAUGGAGCAGUGGUGAGAAACGACAGACCGUCUAUUAUUAACAUGGUGCACACAGAUAAGCAGAAGCACUGGACAAUGGCAGAUCACUUGGAAGAACAAUUGAACUCUCCAGAUUCAGUCGGACGGGUACCAUGGAAAACCAUCCCGGAGUCAGUCUGCCCAUUCUGCCAACAGAUGUUCACCAACCCCGAGCAGUUCAGGGCUCAUCAGCGGAGCCAUAGAGAUAAGAGACCAAACUGAUGUGCAGAAGUACUGAGUGAAAACUGCUUCUGGCAAACAGUUAAUGCCACAUCAUAUGGAAUAAUAUCAUCAGAGGCCUUCUUGUGUUGUGACUGGUUAUAGUGGCAUUGCUGGCAGGACUAUAGAGAGAUCGAAGAUGCAUUAAGCACAUUAGACAGUUUGGGUUCAGACCUUAGGGAGAAUGCAAGACUUUGUCUUGACUGAUGUUGCGAAGUCUAAAAAGGCAGAACUGGACAGACAGAAACACACAAGCAUACAAUAUGCAUGCACAUACAGUGCACUUGGGAGAGUGCCGACACACACACACACACACACACAUGCAGAGUAUCCUAUUCAUGAUUCAGAAGAGGUCAAUAUUUACUGCCCCAUAUAAGGACCAUCAGACAUAAUGGGGUUUCGGCUCAAGACAGGGGAUUAGAACCAGAUUUAUAGUCUCUUCCACACAUAUAUCAGCGUGUUUACUGGUGUGGGUGAAGCUCGAUGGACUGGUGCGUAAGAAGAUGAAUUUUAUUACAUAUGUAUUCCCCACACUGUGUGCAUGGUGGCAGGGGUGCCUACAAAAUAAUGGCUAUUGUUAAUGCUGCACAAACAAACAGGCUUGAUAAUAAUGAUUUGUUACAUUAGCUUUUUAUUGUUUUGUACUUUUUAUGUUUUUGGAAAUUAAUGUCUAGUGGCUUCGAGCUAGUAGCUUUAAAUCUUAAAAUGUACUGUUUGUUUUCAAGUGUUUAAUUGUGUGAGUAAAGAUUUUUUCAGAAACAAAUGUUCAACUUUUCAGUGCAGGAAUAUCCUCUGCAAGAAAGCCUGUCUGACAGGUUAGCUCACAGUUUCAUAGAUGAAGUAUUUAAGCUUCAUAUAAACAAAGGAGCUUAUUCAAAACCAACAACUACAGUGACAAAACUCACUAUUUACAUUUAAGCCUCAAGUCUAAAUGGAUUUUAGAUAUUUUGAAAGACCUAUUUUGAACUUUUGUUUAUAAACUUUUGCAAGGACAUAAUAAAAAAUGUUAUUACAGUAAAGUUCUGACCAGCUGUUAUGUAACUUAUAGAAAAGGUCAAGUAUUUCAUAUUUUAUCUGAUUUUAAAGCUAGAGAAAAACAGUAACAUGAAUUGUUUCUUUUAUGAAACUCACAGACAGUUUACACAACCAAAUUUCAAUAUAUAUUUACAAUGGAAUAUUGUGGAUUUUAUUAUGGACUGUAUAUUUUAAUUCACAUAAUACACAAAAGAUUUCAAGUCAAUAAAACUUUAAUUAUCAUGUCAUGAAUUUCAAGGACUUUCCAAAACUCAGCUGUGGGUUUUCCUGUUAGCAAAAACUGUCGCACUUUCAUUCCCACACAGAACAGAUCGACAGGACAGCACAGGUGGCCUGUUUACAGAUUUUUAAAUAAUCUCAAAGCGAUACGAUGAAACGUACUAGAACCAGAAAUAAACGUGUGAAAGGUGAAGGUAUAAACACAAAUGAGGAGCUAAGAAGCGUGAGACACACGGUUAUACGGUGGAAUGGAAGAGGACAGACAACAGUGGGAUCGUCAGGAAAUUCACUAGUGUAUGAUUUGACUGAUGAUCUCAGCAAGGAGGAACAUAUUUUAGAGGUGUUUUUCCCUCUCUCUCAAACUCAAUCGAUAAUGAAUAACCAAUCCGUAAGCACUUUUGGAACUCAGGAAGAUGGGAAAAAACUAGAUUCCACAAACACAUGCCUGGUUUGUUCCUCUGCACUUAAACCUGCAUGUAUUAAAGGUACUACUGAACUGCUUCAGUGCACUCGAUGUCCGACCACUCAGCUAAUCUGUGGCUCCUGCCUUUACCCCUGCACUUCUGCUGCCUGCACCAACAAGAUGUGCCCCCUCGUCUUCACACUGCUAACAUGUGACUUGGUAUCAGAUCCGCAGAGCAGAGUGUUUGGUUGUCCGAUGUUCAGAGCCUGUCCUAAGUGUCAUGAUCUGAUUAUGCAUGAAAUAGGAUGCAAGUUUGUAUCAUGCACAUCAUGCUUUCACCUGUUUUGUUUCAUCUGCUUGGAAGGUGAUUGUAGAAAGGAUAAAGCAAACUACUGGAAACUAACUUGCACAAAACCGAGAGCAGAAAGACAGAGAUUUAUGGCACUACAAUCCUAAACAGAGAUUCCUCCCAGGGUUGGAUAAUAUUGUGUAAAUUUUUGCAUACAGAAGUGAUCAGUAAAGGAAUUCAUUUCACAAACUGAUUCAAAAUAGCAUUGCAUUGAUCCCAUCUUUCCCCUGUGCUUUGUAUCUGUGCUAUGACAUACACCUGACUGACUUGUACUUUGGUUAGCAGGCAUAACAACUCAGGUAAGACUCAAUAAAGUAGCACUAGUUGACACUG